AUGUUUAAUAGUCUAUGGAGCAGGGCACCAGGUGUCUCUUUUGUUGCAAAGAGGUUCAAACACGAGUAUGCACCAAGAUUCAAGGAAGUGGAAAAGGCACAAAAGGGAAGAGUUUCAGUCAGGACAGGAGGUUCAAUAAGAGGAAAUACAUUGGAAUUUGGCAAGAUUGGAUUGAGGUUGAAAUCCGAAGGCCUUAGAUUGCACGCAAAUCAGUUGAUUGCAGCAGACAAAGUGUUAAAGAGAGAGCUUCGACCAACUAAGUCGACGCUUAUCACAAGGUUUGUGUGUGACUUGGCUGUUUGUAUAAAGGGUAAUAUGACAAGAAUGGGUAAAGGAAAAGGUGCUUUUGAUCAUUGGGCAACUAGGAUGCCCACUGGUAAAGUUCUUUUUGAAAUAAAAGGAUCGAUCCAUGAUAAAGUUGCUAGAGAAGCUUUGAGAAAAGCUGCAGAUCGAUUGCCAGGUCAAUACGAAAUUAUAACCCCAGAGUCUCAAGUACGGGUCAGUGUUACAGAUUUGAUUGAUAAACCAGAGCCAGUGAAUUACCUCGAGAAGCUUAACAAGAACCCUACAAGAAAAUGGGCCAACUUGCAAGCAUUUAGAACAAACCCAAUGUACAAAAAGUAUAGUGGUCGUUAUUAA